AUGCAUAUCCGGCAACUGAGAAAAGUGAAACGGCAUCGACAGCUGGCCGGAGCAUGGCAGCAGUACCAGAACUCGAACUGUGAGACCGCCUGGAUGCACUUGCUCAGCCGCUACACCAGUGGUUCGCAUAUCCAUGGAUUCUAUCAGCUUUUUUGGCCCACGAUGCGACGUCGCAUGCGUUUACUGUGGACGCUGGCGCUACUUUGUGCCUUAAUAGUGCUCAUCUUUAUCACCUAUUUGCUGGCAGAGCGACAUCAGCGAAAACUUUUCCAAACAGUGAUCGCGGACUCGCGUUGGCCCAUUCGGAAUAUUGCAUUUCCGGUCAUCUUCGUGUGCAAUAAGAACCGCUUGAACUGGUCACGUCUGCCCGAGAUAGGCGAGCGCUACAACAUCACCGAGAGCCAACAGCCUCUGCUGGAGCGUGUGCUGACCGCCUAUGAUGCACUUAGCAUUUCACAUUUGGAUGUCUUUGAGGCGCUGCAAGACCAGCCUUUGGAAACGCUCAAUCAUCUAAAUUUUACUCAGAUUGUGAGCGAGAUGGCCUGGCGCUGCGAGGAACUGAUCAGCGAAUGCCGCUGGCAGACGCAGUCGCGCAAUUGCUGUGAACUCUUUCGGCCACGACGUCAGCAGCAGGGUGUUUGCCUUGCCUUCCACGAGUUGGAGGAACGUUCCAGUGCCGAGACGGGCAGUGGUACUGGUAUUGUUGUUCGCCUACUGCUAAAUGAGGCCCUACAUGCGCCUGGUAAUCGGGAGCCCAAGGGUUUUGUGCUGGACGUUGUGGAGCCAGGUGUUUGGUCUGAACUGCCUAUAAGCUUGGUGCCUGAUGCAGACACUAACGUUGGCAUCAGGGCUGUCUAUCAUUUCUACGAUGAGGCCACCUACGGCCUGCCGAGCGUACAGCGUCAGUGCCUGCUGGACUAUGAGCAGAAGAGCGAUCACUUCCAGACUCUACUGGGCUUCAAGUAUAUGUUAGAAAACUGCUUGGCCGAAUGUCAGCAGCUUUAUAUGCUGCGCUAUUGCAAUUGCACAUUAGAUCUAUUCUUUCCGCCCUCCAAUCAUGUCGGCUGCAAGUUGAAGGAUCUGCCCUGCUUGGCGGCACACAAUCAUCUGCUAAAGAAUUUCGAACAUCACGAGGAGCGUUCAUAUGUGGCCCAGAAUGAAUCGGGACUUCUUUGCGAUUGCCUACACAACUGCAAGUCGCUGACGCUCUUAACCGAUGUUCAUAAAGCCGCUCGACGUAGGCAUUUGGAAAAUGCCCGUGCUAAGGGUUCCGCCCACGGAAGUAACCGUUCAAUUUUGCUCAAUGUCUACUACACCAAAAAUGUUAUUCUGGUCUAUAGGACGAGCCUAAUAUAUAGCUGGCUGGACUUGAUUGUUUCCUUCGGCGCUAUUUGUCAGCUUUGUCUAGGCUGUUCAAUAAUUAGUCUCCUUGAGCUUUGCUAUUUUGGUCUGUUCGAUCUACCUCGCUUUUGCUGCUCGCACUAUUCGUUGAGGCGACUUUAUUAG